GCGUAUUGAAGUGAUCCGCGAUACCCCGGAAGUGAUUCGCAUGAGCUUCUCCUUCAUGUCGUCUUGGCGCUUUAUAAGGACGGCGCCUCACUAAGAUGUUCCUAACCGCGGUUAACUUGGCCAAGACCAAAUCCAAGACCAUCUUGGUGCAGAUGCUGAGUGCAGCCGGCACAGGCUACAGAUUCAACAUCAAGAGGAGCCGAGUGGGUGAGAAGCUGGUUAUGCGCAAACACGACCCGAUAGUUAACAGACAUGUGCUCUUCUUUGAGAAGAAGAAGAUUCGUUCCAUCUGAUGUAUGGCCUUGAAGUCGCCGUUUAUCCCGUCCAGCCGGCCUGCACGACAGCGGAUAACACGUUGGAAGUCUGGAACGCCGCUCACACUGGUGACCAUUUUGUGUUGACACGUCUUUGCACACUGGCUGUGUUUUCUAUUUAAUAAAUCAUUCCAAGACUG